UCCGCCCAGAUUAAGUCUAAAAAUCGGACCCCAUCUUCUUCCCAAAUCCACAACAGCUUCUGACAAUUUCUCGGAGGUGAAAUAAUGGGUAUAAUUUCGCAGAACAUACAAAUAUACCAAACCGUGUAUGCAGUAGUACAUCAACUUACUUUGAUUCCCGACGCCUGUUUCGAAUGUGGAAUGUAUAAGCAACUACUGGAUUAAAAAGACAAUUAAAUUCAAUCAGUAUGAGAUGUGAAAGGGAAUUGAGUAUGUUACCGUUGAAUCCUGAUUAUGAGGAAAUGAGAAUAGUUUUCAAUGAAGGUCAAAUAAGAAACAUUCAAGAAACCAGAAGAAAUCUGGAAGCUCAACUGAAAGUCCGCAAUUGGCAAUAUUACAAGUCUUGCAUUGACUAUGAAUGUAGCAUAAUUGCUCAGAUAAAAGGUGCUGGAAAACUAGCUGAGCCUGUUCUGACAAAGGUUUUUCUCCGGAUCCAGGGACUUUUCAAACAAGCCCUCGAAACUUUGCAUACCCCAUUUGUUUGCUAUGAGUAUUUUAAGUUUUGUGAGAAAGAAAGAAACACAAUGGGAAUUGCUGAUAUGAUAACAUUGAUUAUGCGGGAGCAUGAAAAGUUUCCAUUCAGUGAAGAUGAAUUAUUCAUUGCAGCUGCUGAAUGUUAUUGGACAACACAUUAUGAUUUGGAGAAUAGUGUGAAUGUAUUGAAAGAUGGUCUCAAGUUGCAUCCAGAUAGUCAGUCAUUAUAUUUGAAAAUUAUUGAAAUCGAAAUGUUCCAUAAGGAGAAAAAACAAGAUAAAGAAGAAGUAAAUAGAUUGGCUAUGGACUAUCUGCAUCAUAUGAUGAAAAACAUGAAGGAUGCAGAUUCAUACAUAUAUAUAAUUCGUUGGUUCCAAGGAUUUGUUUAUACAUUGCCAGUACAGGAUUUUCUUAUUGAACAUGUAAUUAAUAAUUACAAUGACAAUGAUAGUGUUUGGUUAUUAUUGAUUGAACGUGAAAAGAGAGGUUUUCCUUAUGGUACCUCUGGAGAAAAGGCAACGGAAGAUGAAAAAAUUGAGAAAUGUAUUGAAAAAUAUGAAGAAGGACUUCAGUUGUUAACUGGGACAAGGGAAGAGAGGUUAAUGAAAUCAUAUGCAGAUUUUCUUUAUGAAUACAAAGAUAGCAAAAAGUUUAUUGAUAAAUUUAAAGAGAUUCUCAACAGAGCAUCUGAUAAAGGUUAUUUAUCAGAGAGGUAUUACAUUAUAUGGUUAGACUUGUCCAAGUGGUCUGAAAAGGGACCUAUUUUACAUGCCGCAACAAAGAAUAUACCAACAUCUUUAGAAUUGUGGAGAAUGUGGUUAAAAUACGAGAUAACCGGUGGUAAGAAGAAAGAAGUUUUAAAAGUAUUCAAUUUGGCACGCGAGGUUCUAUCAGUGAUUGCUGAAGAGUGUCCGCUGUCCAAUAUCGUUCAAUUUUGGAUACUGAUGCUAAAUUUCCAUAUGAUAGCGUCCUCUACGGAGGAGAUUCGCGAGUUUUAUGAAAUGGCUAUUCUUGAAGGUGCUAAUGUGUCGAACAUCUUCAAAUCAAAAUAUAUCGAGUGGCUUAUCGUUUCUGAUGGCUUUGAAAAUAGUAAGAAGUUGUAUGUUGAACUUUGGAAGAAGAUGCCUUCCAAGGAGAUGUAUAAUUCAAUGUGCCAACUACAGGGUAUAGAGGCUGAGAAAUCUGUUAUGUCAUGGUGGGAUGAAAUACAUACAGAGGCCUGUAAAGUUUAUGGGAACGAGGAUGUAGAUGUGUGGAUCAACUACAUUAAGUUUUAUAUGUGUUACAGUAAAGAUGGGAUGCAGAAGAUUGAUGAAAUAAAAAGUAAAGCCAAAGAUAGUCUGCCACAUAUUAAGCACAAACUAUUUUUUGAGAGUUACGAUCUGUUGCUAAAAAACGUUCGCAUGUGAAAUAUAAAAUCCAGAAUUAUUUUCAAUUUAGAAUUAAAAACUAAAUGAUCUUAAUUUUGUCCACCCCUUUAACAUUCAUAAUUAAAAGAAACCAAACAU